UGCAGGUCAUUGUUCAGUAAUGCAUGCCGUUCAAUGAUAUCUAAAAAACAAUAAUUUGUUAUAAAUCGAGGUUAUCGUGAAACGGUGUUUUUUGUGGUGGCAGAAAUUAUCCAUCCAAGAUAUGGAAAAUUGUGCUAUAAAUUUGGGGAAGAACAGAAGGAGCUUGGAAGGCGUUUACGCGGCAACAUGCAACAGAGGUCCAGAAAUCGUGCCCAGAGAUGGUUGGGGUGCUCGCCCUCCAACCAAAGUAGAACCCAUGCAAAAUCCAGUUCCUUUCGUUGUGAUACACCAUAGUUACAUACCGGCCGCAUGUUACAAUGAAGAAGAUUGCAUAACGGCCAUGAAAUGGAUGCAGGAUUAUCAUCAACUUAAUCAUUCUUGGAACGAUAUCGGCUACAGUUUCGUCUCAGGUGGUGACAAUAGGAUUUAUACAGGACGAGGGUGGUCGUCUGUAGGGGCCCACGCCCCUGGCUACAAUAAUAAGAGCAUAGGGAUUUGUUUGAUUGGAGACUGGAGAGCGCAAGUACCACCAGAGAGCCAACUGACAACCGUUAAACAGCUGAUUCAAAAAGGGAUUAAGGAGGGUUUCAUUCAAGAAGACUACAAGCUCGUUGGACACAGACAAGUGAAAAGUACAGAAUGUCCAGGAGAUGCGCUCUUCGCAGAGAUCCAGACGUGGCCCCACUGGGUUGAAGACCCCAACGAUGAUCCCGUAUUACUUAAGACCUCUCAAAUAAUAAAAGAAGGGUUGAAGCCUGAUCCUAGAGAAAAUCCAAGUGAAACAAAUAAACUUCAAAGAAGGCACUUACUUCAAAGUUAGCAUGAUAAUCUAUAUUAUAGUAAUUAAUUAUACUUAUGAAACUUG